GAACCAUGUAAGCUACGUUCCUUUUUGUCGUUUCAGCCCGGUAAGUUUCCCUACAUACUUAUGUGUCCAUGACACAGCUAUAGCUGGCCGAGAUCCAAACCCCUAAACAUAUUAAUUAAUACGAGCGAAUAUCCUAUAUUCACUUAUCCGACUAUCUUCAUUCCACGCCAUGGGAACCUCCGUCCGCCGCAAUCUCUUCCACCAUCACCUCAGCAGACGCGCUGGCUCGACCGGUCCCGCGGGUUCCGCUGCGCAUAGUAGCACCAGCAAUGGGACCUCCAACCUGUCUACACAGGUGCUGCAGCCCGCUUCAUCCGAAGCUUCUACAUGCUUGAGUUCCGGUUCCAUUGACAAUGGGGAAAUCGUGGUCAAGGACAAGAAUGGCAGCUACAAGCUCGAUAUUCCCGUACUCCCACCCUUGAUUGGAGAAGAGGGCGAGGAAAUGGAGGGUAUGGAGGAGGGAGGUGCCGGUGGUGGUUCUUCGAAUGGACACGCGAUGUCCGGACGUGAGAAAGAAAAAAUGGAGGCGAACCUGGUGGAGAUGAUGUACCGGAAUCGCAACAGACGGAUGAGCAGUGAGCCAGCUGAAAUCCUCACCCACAUACACCAGGGCCUUCGAAACAAGGUCGCCGCCUUGGAGGAGGAUAAUUGGAUGUACGAGGCUGAAGUUGACUCGAGGGUCUAAUCAUUCCAUUCGCGCCCCGUUUGUCUAUAUUCAUUAUUAUGCAUGGCGGA